CUAUAUAUAUAUAUAUAUCCAGCUCCUCUGAACCUUAUCUAUAUAUCACCUCUAUUUGUACUAAUAGUCAACAUGAGGUACCUCUUCAUUGCAUUACUUGUCUUGGCUUCUCCGGCAGCCUUCACUGAUGCCCGGUGUGACUUCCCGGCCAUUUUCAAUUUCGGUGCCUCUAGCUCAGACACUGGAGGCUUUGCUGCUGCCUUCCCGGCACAAAGGCCGCCUUAUGGUAUGACUUACUUCGGCAAGCCUGUUGGCCGGGCUUCUGAUGGCAGGCUUCCCAUUGAUUUCAUAGCUCAAGGUCUUGGGUUGCCGUUCUUGAGCCCUUAUCUUAAGUCUAUUGGCUCAAACUUUGCUCAUGGUGCCAACUUCGCUUCUUCUGCUGCUACUAUUCUAAUGCCAAACACUUCACUGUUUGUUACCGGGACCAGUCCUUUUUAUUUAACCAUUCAACUUAAUCAGAUGAAGGAGUUCAAGAACAGAGUCCUUGAACUCAGUCCUCAAGGGGAUUAUCUUCCACCUAAAGACAUCUUCAAUAAAGCUCUCUACAUUUUUGAUAUUGGCCAGAAUGACUUCACUGGUAAGUUGGCAACGAUUGGUAUUCAAGGCGUCAAACAAUACCUCCCUCAAAUGGCAUUACAGAUCUCAGCUGGAAUAGAGGAGAUAUACAACGAGCUUGGAGGGCGAACUUUCAUGGUGUUCAACAUGGCUCCAAUAGGAUGCUACCCAGCAUUCCUCACUUACCUGCCUCACAACAACUCAGACUUGGACAUGUAUGGCUGCAUGAUUUCCUACAACAAUGAAGCACAGAACUACAACAAAAUGCUUAAAGAAAAACUCUCUGAAACAAGAAAUCUACUCCCUGAUGCUACUAUUGUUUAUGUUGACACUCAUUCCAUCAAGCUUGAUCUCUUUCAACACCCUAAAGACCAUGGUCUUGUUUAUGGGGACUCCCUGCCCAGCCCUCAGAGCCAAUCCUUUUCCCGAAGUUACGGAUCCGUUUUGCCGACUUCCCUUGCCUACAUUGUUCCAUCGGCCAGAGGGCUGUUCACCUUGGAGACCUGA